AUGUACAGAGCUGUGUUGAUUCCUCGAUUGCGAUUCAUCGUGAGCUCGUCUUCGUCGUCAAAGUUAUCACCAAUCUUAUCUCGGGGACAGAGACGAAGAGGAAUCGAUAAUUGGGAUGGUUGUUCUUGUUCUCGUAGUUUUACGACAUUGAUUGGUAAUGACUUCAUUCGAUGCCAAGAUGAGUCACCUAAGAAGAUCUUAGAGGUGCAGAUUGUCGAUGCGCUUUGUUCGGGAGAAAGGCCUGGAGCGUCAGCUCUGCUUUUAAAGUUAAUACAAGGAAACAAUUCACUUAGUGUCAAUGAUUUUCAUGGCAUUCUAGAAUAUUGUGCACAAAUACCGGAUCCUGUGUUUGUCAUGGAGACUUACAGUGUAAUGUGUAAGAAGGAAAUCAGUCUGGACAGCAGAUCCUUGUUCUUCAUAGUGCAAGCCCUUUGUAAAGGGGGACACUUGGAUAAGGCGUCAGAGUUCAUUCACGCUCUCGGUGAUAGUAUCUCUUCUGUUUUGCCCGUGUAUAACUAUUUUCUUGGAGCAUGUGCUGAUACGAAAAGUUGGAAUCACGCGAGUAAAUGUUUGGAAUUGAUGGAUCAACGGAGAGUGGGAAAGGAUGAAAUGACAUAUGCAGCACUUCUCAAGCUUGCAGUUUUUCAGCGCAAUCUAUCCUCUGUUUACGAAAUAUUGAGACACUAUGUUGACCACUAUAAUCUGAAUAUACACUCUCUCAGAAGAUUCAUAUGGUCCUUUACGAGGUUGGGGGAUUUGAAAACAGCAUAUGAAUUAUUGCAACACAUGGUAGCUCUAGCUUCAAGGGGAGAGCUCUUUGUUGAAUUCAAUAGGGGAAAAUUGCAUUCCAGGAGACUGGAUAUUCCUAUACCAUCAAGUGGUCAAACAGGGGUAGAGAAAAUUGCCUUUGGAGUAAAUGAUCCCACGGCUUUGCUAAUGGAUGCUCAUGUGAAGAACACUGUGGAGUGCAAAUCAUCUGGUGAACAGAUCAAUGAAAUUGAGUCUUCCAAAGUGGAUUUGGCAGAACGUCUCAACAGAAUCCUCAGGUGGUCGUUCAGUGAUGUGAUGUAUGCAUGUGCAAAAUCUAAAAACUCUGAGCUAGCGGAGCAGCUAAUGCUGCAGAUGCAAAAACUUGGGUUGCAACCAUCAUUGCACACAUAUGAUGGUUUCAUUAGAGCUGUUGCAUUUCCACGUGGGUAUGAUGAAUAUGGCAUGAAACUGUUGAAAGUAAUGCAGCAGCGGAAUAUGAAACCGUAUGAUACAACUCUUGCCUGGGUUUCAGCCUGGUGCAGUAAAGCCCUUCAAGUUGAUUUAGCUGAACAUCUGCUGGAUCAAGUAUCUGAAAGCUCAUACACAUAUGCUUUUAAUAACCUUCUUGCUGCGUGUAACUCCUUGGGUCAACCAGAGCGUGCGAUCCGAGUUUUGGCUAGAAUGAAACAGCUAAAAAUGCGUCCGAAUAUGUGGACAUAUGAACUGCUCUUUUCGUUAUUUGGGAAUGUGAAUGUGCCAUAUGAAAAGGGCGACAUGCUCUCCCAAGUAGACUGUUGUAAAAGGAUUAAUGCUAUAGAAAUGGACAUGUUGAGAAAUGGUUUUCAGCACAGUCCUGUCUCAAGGCAGAAUGUGCUGAGAGCCCUCGGAGCUGAAGGUAUGGUGAAUGAGAUGCUGCAACACCUGCAAAAGGCUGAGAAUAUGUAUCUAGAAACGCCUACAUACAAUAUAGUGCUUUAUUCACUUCUUCAAGCAAAUGAAACCGACAUGGUGAUCAAAAUAUUCAAACGUAUGAAAGCAUGUGGCUACCCUGCAGACCCUGCUACCUACAACAUAAUGAUUGAUUGUUGCCGCUUUAUUCAGUCUUAUGAAUCAGCUUGUGCUAUAGUUUCUAUGAUGAUCCGUGACGGGUUUUCUCCAAAAGCAAUGACAUAUACGUCUCUGAUGAAGAUUUUGUUGAAUGAUGGAAAUGUUGAGGGGGCACUCAAUCUCUUGGACCAAGCUAUAUUGGAAAAGAUACAUCUCGAUCUCUUAGCAUACAACACCAUUUUGCGUAAAGCAUUUGAGAAGGGACUGAUUGAUGUGGUUGAGUACAUAGUGGAGCAAAUGCACCGAAAGAAAAUAAAUCCAGAUCCAACAACAUGCCAUUUUGUUUUCACAUGUUAUGUGGAAAAUGGGUAUCAUACAACAGGAAUAGAAGCAUUGAAUGUUCUAAGCCUAAGAAUGCUCAACGAAGAAUUCAAAGAGAAUCUUCAGGAGAAGAAAAAAGUGCUCGAGGAAAAUUUCGUAAUGAGCGAAGAUCCUGAAAUCGAACCAAAGAUAAUUGAGCUGUUCGGAAACUCUCAGUUGCAUCUAGCAGCUGCACUUUUGAAUCUAAGAUGGUGCUCGAUGCUCGGGGCACAGAUUAUUUGGUCAGAAAACCAAAGCUCAUGGGCCAGAGGACUCUUCAACAAGUAUGGUUAA